AUGGAAUAUCCGAAUUUCUUCACUGGCGAUGUCAAGCCAAUGCCGAAAGAAGAGCACUUCAGUGGCAUGAACAUGAUAAACAUGGGGAGCUGGACUUUGGCCGAGGAUGAGCGUCUUCGUGCUGCAGUUACUAAGUAUGGGACCAAGUGGAAGACCCUAGCACAAGCAGUUGGAAGUCGCAACGGCGAGCAGUGUGCUAAACGUUGGAGAAAUGCCUUGAACCCGGUCCUUGAUCAUGGUCCCUGGGCUGACCGAGAAGAUCGGCACCUCCUUCGACUCGUCACAAAACAUGGACGCAACUGGAAAUUAAUCGCCGAGCACCACGUUAAACCCCGGUCAUCUCUUGCCCUCAAAAACAGACAUGCGUUGCUACUCCGCCGACAAAAGCGAAGCGAGCGAAGAAAACACGGUCAGGGCAGUGCCCUCGACCAAGACAUGAGCGACAAGACUUCUACGCCGCCCAGCGAAGACUAUAAUAACAACCAUUUCGACGAAGGCAUGAACUGGAUCUCCCCAUUUCAUAACCAACACAAGCACAUAUCAACAUCAGAAAUUUCUGGACAUAAUGCCGGGCAUAGCAACCAUCUCGACUCACUACUACCGCUGGACAUCUCGCCGAUGCUGCACACUUUCUCUCCCGACGAACAAAUCUCGCCCGGCUUGGCUUGUAGCAACUUUGGAUUCGAGGAACUCGGUGGCCCCAGCCUCGAACCCGUAGUGCCAGAUUGGGACGAGGUUGGAAUUGAGCCAAGCAUCACCGAGAAUGCCGAUCCGCUAAGUAUAGGGCCGUCGAGCAAUGCCGAUCCGACCAAGGCCUCUGGGAAGCGAGAGCUCUUGUCAUUGACGAUUCCUUGCAGUAAGUCGCGCAGACAGCGGCUGGUUCGAUCGUUAUUAGACGCGAUAGGAAGUACAGUCGAUGAGAAAGAAGAGGGUUUUGAAGCAGUUAGGAUUUCAAUGGUGGCGGAUUGA